AUGGCCAGGAAAAUCUCUAACGCGCCCUCAGACUCGUCCCUUUCACCUCCUCCUGACAACCUCAUGUCAGCCACCGAAACCGCUACCGUCGCCCAACCAGUAGCGAACGGCAAGAAGCGGAAGGCCGAGACAACACCCCGUACAAGGAGGACCAGAGCACAACAAGUCGACGUCGAAGAUGUUGUUGAUGCCGUCGAUGAGUCGCCUCGACCCAAGCGUCGCGCUGCCAAGAAGAUAAAGGUCACAGAAGAGGUGGAAGAUGAAGUCAUGGCCCAAGAGAGCGGUGAUGGCGAGGGCAAGUCUAAGAAAGCCGUUUCAAGACGUAACAAGAAGACCGCUACUACGAAGAAGGCCGUGGCGGAGGACAGUUCGGUUGAAGCCGAAGUCGAUGCAGAGAUAGAGGUUGACGCAGAUGGAGAUGACAAGAUCGCGACCAAGACCUCUGUCAAGAAGACCACACGAGGCAAGAAGAGCAAGGCCAAGAUCGAAGACAGCGACCAUGAAGACAAGCCCAAGCCUAAGCCUAAGCCUAAGGCAAAGGGCAAGGGCAGUACUGCAAAGAUCCUACCACCACUUGCAGAUCGCACCAAAGACUCAAAGCAUCUGAUUGGCGCCCAUGUCAGCUCCGCCGGAGGCGUACACAACUCCAUCAUCAACCUUGUAUAUAUCGGCGCCAAUGCUUUCGCUCUAUUCCUGAAGAACCAGCGUAAAUGGGAGACCAUUGAGAUGGAUCCAGAACAUGCUGCACUUUUCAUUCAGGGCUGCAAGGACCAUGGUAUCAACGCUGCGGAGUGCUGUCUACCCCACGGUUCCUACCUGGUCAACCUUGCUCACCCUGAUCCCGCUCGCAAGAAGCAGGCCUACGACUCCUUCUUCAACGACUUGACGCGCUGCCAUGCGCUUGGCAUCCGGUACUACAAUUUCCAUCCUGGAAAUGCCAAUGCCACCACUCGCGAGGAAGGCAUUCGCAUCAUUGCCGAGAACCUCAACCGAGCACAUGCAGAUCCGGCGACUGGUAGCGUUGUCACUGUACUUGAGACAAUGGCAACUCUCGGCAACACCAUCGGAGGAACAUUCGCUGACAUUGCCGCCAUCAUCAACCUCAUCAAGGACAAGAGCCGUGUCGGUGUUUGCCUAGACACCUGCCACGUCUUCGCUGCCGGCUACGAUCUCCGUUCCCCUGAAGCCUACGCCACAACCAUGGACAAGUUUGACCAGGAGAUUGGCCUAGAAUACCUCAAAGCCUUCCACGUCAACGACAGCAAAGCCCCUCUAUCCAGCUUCCGCGACCUCCACGCCCGCAUCGGUACCGGAUACCUCGGCCUCCAAGCCUUCCACAACCUCAUGAACGACGAGCGCUUCCACGGUCUCCCCAUGGUUCUCGAGACCCCCGUCGACAGCGUUGACGCCAACGGCAAGAAGGUCGAAGACAAGGGUGUCUGGGCGCGCGAGAUCAAGUUGCUCGAGAGCCUGGUCGGCAUGGACAACACCUCUGAUGAGUUCAAGCAGUUGGAAGCAAAGCUUCUAGCCGAAGGCACCGCUGAACGCGAACGCGUCGGCGAUCAAGUUCAGCGCAAGGCCAUCAAGGACGCGAAGCCUAAGAAGAAGCGCGCUACCAAGAAGAAGGUGGAGAGUGAGGAUGAGGACGAGGAGGAUGUGGAGGAAUGA